ACAAUAAUUGUAGGCUUUUCAUCAUAUACAACACCAAAUUAAGGUGGAAUAAUUCAAUCUUUCUUUAAUGUUUUUCACACAAAAUGAACUUCCCAAACAGGUUAAAAUAUAGUAGUACACAACAAAACUUUGAUAUUUGUUACAGUUAUAUUUUGACUUUGAGUUAAACAAAGCACACAUCAUUUUUGAAUCUCUCACUCCCCUCUCCCUAUAUAUACCUACCCAAACUCCCAAAUCAUUUGAUCACACACCAAAAAUCCCAAACAAGCAUGGAGUUCUUCUACGCUUCCCUCCUCUGCCUCUUCGUCUCCGUCAUCUUCCUCUCCCUCCACCUCCUCUUCUACAAGACGAAGCCGGCCUCCGGAGGCCUCCCACCGGGCAAGACCGGGUGGCCGGUGAUCGGGGAGAGCCUCGAGUUCCUCUCCACAGGGUGGAAGGGCCACCCGGAGAAGUUCAUCUUCGACCGCAUGGCCCGCUACUCCUCCCACGUCUUCCGCACCCACCUCCUCGGCGAGCCCGCCGCCGUCCUCUGCGGCUCCGCCGGCAACAAGUUCCUCUUCUCCAACGAGAACAAGCUGGUCCAAGCGUGGUGGCCGAGCUCCGUCGACAAGAUCUUCCCCAACGACAACGCCCAAACCUCGUCGAAAGAGGAGGCCAUCAAGAUGCGGCGGAUGCUCCCCACCUUCUUCAAGCCGGAGGCGCUCCACCGCUACGUGGGCAUCAUGGACCACAUCGCCCGGCGCCACUUCGCCGACGGCUGGGACAACAAGAGCGAGGUGGUGGUGUUCCCCCUGGCCAAGAACUACACCUUCUGGCUGGCCUGCCGCCUCUUCCUGAGCGUGGAGGAUCCCGCGCAGGUCGACAAGUUCGCCGCGCCGUUCAAUCUGCUGGCGUCGGGGCUGAUCUCGAUCCCGAUCGAUCUGCCCGGGACGCCGUUUAAUAAGGGGAUCAAGGCCUCCGCCUACAUCAGGAAGGAGCUCGUCGCCAUCAUCAAGCAGCGCAAGGCUGACCUCGCCGACGGCAAGGCCUCGCCCACGCAGGAUAUCCUCUCCCACAUGCUGCUCACCAGCAACGAAGAUGGCAAAUUCAUGCAAGAGUCCGACAUCGCCAACAAGAUCCUGGGUUUGCUCAUCGGCGGCCAUGACACUGCUAGCUCGGCUUGUACCUUCAUCGUCAAGUUCCUCGCCGAGCUGCCCCAGGUCUACGAGGGCGUCUACAAAGAGCAAAUGGAGAUCGCCAAGUCCAAGGGCGAAGGGGAGCUGCUGAGCUGGGAGGAUCUGCAGAAGAUGAAGUACUCGUGGAACGUUGCAUGUGAAGUGCUGAGACUGGCGCCGCCCCUUCAGGGUGCUUUCAGAGAAGCCCUUGCGGAUUUCUCCUUCAAUGGCUUCUCCAUCCCAAAGGGCUGGAAGUUAUAUUGGAGUGCAAAUUCGACGCACAAGAACAAGGAGUUCUUCCCGGAGCCGGAGAAGUUCGACCCGUCGAGGUUCGAGGGGUCGGGGCCGGCCCCGUACACGUUCGUGCCGUUCGGAGGGGGGCCGAGGAUGUGCCCCGGGAAGGAGUAUGCCCGUCUGGAAAUCUUAGUGUUCAUGCAUCACCUUGUGAAGAGGUUCAAGUGGGAGAAAAUGAUUCCUGAUGAGAAAAUUGUGGUUGAUCCAAUGCCCAUUCCGGCUAAGGGUCUCCCAGUUCGACUCUACCCCCACACUUCUUAAUCAAUACAUAUAUUUUCCUACUUAUUUAUUUUAAUAAUAAUCAAUUUGUAGCCAGGCUUGUUAUACAUGUAUAUAGCUAUAAACAUCAUGAGUUAUUGAAUCAGGGCCGAAGUAGGGCUCCUGUCCUCUACUUUCUCCUACAUUUUUUUCUUUUUUCUUUUUUUGGUGUUGUUAUAUUCAAAUCUUGCUGUAUUGCUGUGUCUUAUUUGGAGGAACAGAAAGAAAAAAUAAAUGAACAGCAAGACUGAUUAAUUUAUUUACA